UGGUGGAGGCUCAAAGGGUUUUUAAUCCAGCUUUUAAAAUUUGGACUUUUUCGGUUACCUCAGUGAAGAUUCAAUUUUGUGUUUUCAUUUGUUGCUGUGUUGUUGUUGUGAUUUAUCUUCUCAUUUAUAUUUGUAUUAUGGAAUGAGUGCAGUGGUAGAUCUUAGGAAUAUUCGUACAAAAGAAUUGAAUCUUAAAGAAGCGUUGUUUAUAGCUCAGCAAUAUAGAUUGUUUGUUCCCCCAAAUGCGGAUUUAGAUUUUUUGAGAUCUCAUAUUAGGAUCUUGAAAUUGUCGUUGUUACAACCUGAACAGCAUUUACUUAGUCAAGAGAAAGCUCUGAAUCAUAUAAUAGAAGGGGUCAGGUUAUCGAACGAAUUAGCGUUACAGCAUCCCAAUCUUGCCUUUUUAGAGCAGACGUUGAGAAGAAAAUUUACUCUGGAUUCCUCAGAAGUUAGUAAAAGUGAACAACCUAUAUCUGGAGACGAGGAUUCAAAUAUUCUUAAUAAAACUUUUAUUGAAAAUAAAGAUAGUGCGGUUCAGACAGACGCUAUUAUAAAAUCGGAUACAGUUGGUUCAUUUGAAACAUUGAAUAUGGCUGAUAAAAAGCGACCUUUCUUAGCUCCACGGAUAUAUGGAGGAAAGAAAUCGGAGGAUGUUAUAGAUUUUUUUAUUCAUUUUGAAAGAGUUUCAAAUGCAAAUUCGUGGGAUGAAAAGGAUAAAUUACUAUAUCUACCAUUUUACUUAGAAGGCAGUCCUUUGAAAUAUUUAGAUAUGAUCCAACUCUCGUUGACGGAAGCGAAUAGAUGGGAUUACAAAAAUGUUCGAUCUGAGCUCGAAAAGUAUUAUCAGCCUAUUCACAUGGAUAGGUAUGAAAUGGAGUUGACAAACAUAAGAAUGAAACCGUGUGAAGCAGCUAGGGAAUAUAUGGCCCAAGUUUUAGGAUUGUGCUCAAAGGUUGACCCGCAUAUGUCGGAAGGUAGGAAAAUAAAAUAUGUAUUGAAAGGAUUGUUACCUCAUAUUCAGGAUAGGGUAAUAAUGCUGCCUAACGAAUCCAUCGAUGAGUUAGAAAGAAAUUUACAGCGUUUUGAAUUUUCUCAAUACAUAGUGGAAGAUAGAGUAGGUCUAGGCAAAGCUUCAAUAGUUCAACGGGAUUCAUAUGAUCAUCACAUUAUGCAGAUAAGUAGAAAUGUGGAUAAACUUAUUGCGGAAAAAGAAUUAGCGGGGAGAAGAUUCAAUGACAGCAAUACGAGUGGCAACGAAAAUAAUAGGUCUUAUGGGAACAAAUUCAACAAUGGUAUUGAGAAGGGUCAAAGGUUUAAUAGAAAUAGGUAUGAAGGAAAUAGGUUUGAAGGGAAUAGGGUUGAAGGAAAUAGGUAUGAAGGAAAUAGGUUUGAAGGAAAUAGGUUCGAAGGAAAUAGAUUUGAAGGGAAUAGGUUUGAUCGAAGAAAUAGGAAUGAUAGAGAGGGAGAUAUUCAUCACAAAGAAAAUAUCAAGUUUCAAAGAAGAUGGUGUGCGAUAUGUGAGACCACUACGCAUACGACAGCUGAAUGCAGGUUUAAUUUGAGAAACAAAAAAACGGAAGAUGAAUUUUUUUGUCAUAUAUGCAAUGCCAAAAAUCAUUCCACUAUGUCGUGUAGGUACAAUGGGAGAAAGAAUGACUCAAAAAACUUGUAGCGGGGGCUCAGUUCUCGGCGACAGAGUAUAGGGGCCCCUUUUCACGUAACAAACGUGAUGAAUUGCAAGAAUCGGAUGUAAAAGACAUCGAUGAUGAUAAUAAUAAUAAUACUAAAUCAGGUGUGACAGAAACGUCAUUUAAAAAUGGGAUAUUGUGUGUUGAGGAUUCAAAACCUAUAGGUAAUAGCAUAGUAGAAACAAAUAUGAGUAUGGAUCAUGUUGAGGAUGGUGAUAGUCAGAAAUUUAUUAGUUAUUCAAAUUCAUUGUUGAGUAAGAAUCAUAAAACGCCGAUAUCAAUUCAAGGAAUAUCUUGCGAAGAAAAUAUAAAGAUAUUAUUAGAUACGGGUUCAAGUGUCUCACUCGUUAAUCUUGAAUUGAUUGAUCAUUGUCAAGGUCAGUCAUUGUUUGAAACAGACGUCAUUCUCACAGCCGCGAAUGGGUUACCAGUUAAGUCGUUGGGCAAGGUUUGUUUUGAUUUUCAAGUUGAUGGAGUCAAUGUCACUUGGGAAUGUUUUGUAGUGAGAUCAUUGUCCAUACAGUUAUUGUUGGGUGUUGAUUUUUUGUCUCGACACGGAGUCCGUUUAAAUUUUCAAAAACAAGAGAUGAAGAUUCUUUUAAACAAUAACAGUAUUGUUGUUCCAUUUUCAGUACAUGAUGAAAUUGCGAAGACGAAUUUAAUUCAAGUUAAAAUGGAUGAGCAGGUUAUUAUAAAACCGAAAGAGAUAUUAAAUAUUGAUGUUCAUGUUGAUAAGCAAAUUAAUGAGGACAGUAAAUUAUCAUUCAAGUUAAAUAAAUCAGAGUUGGAUAUUAUUUCUGUAGGUAAAUACAGUGAAAAUGAGAGAUACACAUUAAAAAUUCACAAUUCGGCUGAGUCAGUAGUUCAGUUGUUGGAUCGGCAAGUGAUAGGCGAUGCUACGAUUUCGCAAUCAACUGAUGACGCUGGGCUUUUGCGAGCGGAUGAAAGUAGGCCAAUGAUUAGUAAAGAUGUAUUUUUAAAAGACUAUAUCAAAUUGAGUUCAGGUGAAGAAAAACAUUUUUCUACGUUGGAGUCGAAUUAUGUGGUCAGCGGUUUUAAAAAUCGCAAAAAUUAUUUUAUUGAUAAGGAGUCAAUAAUUGGUUUCGUAUCGCAGAGCAGAGAAGGUCUCAAUUUUAUUGCUAGCAAUGUCGAUUCAAAUGAGAUUAUUCUCGAAAAUAAUGAAUGUAUUGGGAAAUUGAUGUAUGAUAAUUCAAGAAAGAUGUUAUCAGCUCCAGUUAAUAUAAUCGAGCAUGUGAGUAUCACAGAAAAAGUUUCUAUUAAUGAUAAGUUAGAAAAGUCAGUUCAAAAUGAGUUUUAUGCAUUGGUUGAAGAUUUUAAGGAUAUUUUUGCGAAAGAUAAAUAUGAUAUUCCGGUGUCAAAACUGCCACCAGUAAAAAUUCAAUUGAUAGACGAGUCUCCAAUUUUCUGUUCACCAUACAAAUUCGCUGCU